AUGAAGCAAGGCUUUUCUUCCAUGUUUAAAAGAAGAUGCAACACCUCUUCGGGAUUGAAUUUAAAAUCAUCAUCCUUGCAUCAUCAUCAUUGGAACCAAAAGAAGUGCAACCUCCUCAUAAAAUAUACUUCUCCUAUUAGUAGUACUCGGAGAAAUAUUUCUCGGAAAGAAGAACAAACAACGAGUGCGGAAAAACCAUGGACAAAUGGACCCGGUUUGGAGUACUUUAUGAACAAAGCGAUGAAUAAUAAGUUGGAUGUCACCUCCAACAAUGGUGAGCAAGAUGUUUUAGAAUCAAACUCUCCAUCUUUCUCAACAACACCAAAACAAAGAGGUGUUUUUAUAGAAACAUAUGGAUGUCAGAUGAACGUUUCUGAUACACAAAUAAUUUUAAGUAUAAUGAACAAAGCUGGAUACAAACUGGUUGAGAAGGAAGAGGAAGCAGAUGUUAUUCUUUUAAAUACUUGUGCAAUUAGAGAAAAUGCUGAAAACAAAAUUUGGAUUCGUUUGCACAAUUUGAAGAAGAAACGAUUUAUGAAUAAGCAAUUACAUAAUUUUCAUCCAGAUUUAUAUCCUGUGAGUGGUGUUCAAGUAGGCGUGCUGGGAUGCAUGGCUGAGAGACUGAAAACUAAACUCAUUGAAACUAAAAUGGUUGAUGUAGUGGUUGGUCCAGAUCAAUAUCGAGAAUUGCCAAAUCUGUUAGUAAAGAAUGAAGAAUCUGAAUUGGAAAAUCGUAGAAAACCGGAAGAGGGUAAUGAUGUGGUGGAAGGAAGACAAGCUCAAAUUAAUGUCAUGCUUUCUCAAGAUGAAACAUAUGCAGAUAUUGAACCUAUCCGUGUUGGAGACACUGGCAAAAGUGCAUUUGUAUCUAUUAUGAGAGGUUGUGACAAUAUGUGCUCGUACUGCAUUGUUCCAUUCACAAGAGGAAGAGAACGAUCAAGAGAUAUUAAAAGUAUUUUAGAGGAAGUGAAGCAACUAUCAAAGAAUGGUGUGAAAGAAGUUACUCUAUUAGGUCAAAACGUGAACUCAUAUCGUGACACUUCUCCAAGCGAAUUCCAAGACAAAUAUGCUCAUUUAUCUGAGAAGAUCAUUGAAAACACGGAUGGAUUUAAAUCAAUUUACAAACCAAAAGUUGGAGGAAUUACAUUUACAGAAUUAUUGUACGAGGUCUCACAAAUUGAUCCUGAAAUGAGAAUUCGAUACACAAGUCCGCAUCCUAAGGACUAUCCUGACAAUCUUAUUGAACUAAUUCGUGAGACUCCAAAUAUUUGUAAACAAAUUCACCUUCCAGCACAAAGUGGAAGUAGCAAAGUAUUGGAAUUAAUGCGAAGAGGUUAUACAAGUGAGUCCUAUAGAAAGUUAGUAGACAGAAUUAAGGAAAGAAUUCCAAACGUUGCUCUCUCAUCAGAUUUCAUUGCUGGUUUUUGUGGAGAAACUGAAGAAGAUCAUCAACAAACAUUAGAUUUAUUGAAUUAUGUCAAAUAUGAUCAGGCAUAUCUUUUUGCAUAUUCCUUGAGAGAGAAAACACAUGCUCAUCGAAAUUACCAAGACGACGUUCCUCCAGAGGUUAAGAAUCAACGAUUGAACGAAUUAGUUCAAACCUACAAAAACAAUCUAUCACAACAAUAUGCUAAAGAAGUUGGAACUCAACAAUUAGUAUUAAUUGAUUCGAGUUCAAAGAGAGAUCCAGAAAACUAUUGGGUUGGAAGAACUGAUAACAACAAAAGAGUGGUCAUUCCCAAAUGGGGAGAUUAUGGUAUUGGAGAUUAUGUGAGUGUUACAAUUGGAAAUUGGGGUGGUCAGACUUUAUUUUGUGAUUUGGAAAAACCAAUAGAAAGGACAUCACUUCAAGCAUUCUAUCAAAGACAAUAA